CGCUUGCAACGUGCAAGCAGUUUUUUAACAUUGCAGGUGCAGUGCGGUUAUGUCUGCCAUACCGGUCGAGUCUGAGGUCGUUGUUGUGCAUUUAUAGAUGAGCUGAGUGGGAUGCUGUGGCAUGUGGAUAGAUCGAAUAGGGCGUAUAGCACAUCACAGUUUUAGGAAAUAGGAUGAAGAAGUCUUGAACUCUUAGAAAUACAUGGAAAUGUAUCAAGAAUGAUUGAGCAUGCGGCAAAUUUAAGGCAGACCCUUAAAAUGUUUUGGGUGUAUUUUUGACAACAGCAGAAAUAAUCAUUUGUGUGUCUUGUCACUACAUCUCAUGCACGAAUUUCCUGUGAGCGACAUCACAGUUCUAGGAUUUCGCUAUCUGGAUGUGGGAUACGUAAGGACUUAAAAGAUACACUUCCAUUGUUUUCUUCCAUUUAUCUUCUGAAUAUGUUGAGGGCCCUGGCAGGAAUCUGUUUGCUUCAUCUUACUACAAUUUUCUUCCUCUUUUGGGCAACUAUAGACGAUGCUUGGUGGUUUACAAGUACACUUUACACGGACCUGUGGGGCAGAUGGGUGAUGGAGAAAAAUGACAAUGUUUGGGUGUACACGGACAUACCCACAUCUUACCGGAAAGACUAUCUGCAGGCGGUACAGGCAUUUGCAGUGCUGGCCUGCCUGUUUGCGGUCAUCUCUCUCUGUGUGUUCAUAUUCCAACUCUUUACUCUGGGUAAGGGACAGCGGUUCACCAUCUCUGGUGUUGUGCAACUCAUCUCCUGUUUCUGCAUAAUGGUGGCUCUGUCAAUCUACACUGAUCAUUUUCACAGAGGUGAGAAGGAUGGAUGGUAUGGCUGGUCUUACAUCAUGGCCUGGUUUGGCUGGCUGCUGACUUUCUUUACAGGAAUUAUGUACAUCAUCCUGCGCAAGAGAGUGGAUUAAACUUCAGCCCUUGCUCUCAGUGCAAAUCUGCAGCCUUGGUUAUUCUUUUGUCAUGCAAACUUUACUGUGGACUAUGAGUAAGGGUAUUACUUCAAAGUUUAGGUGCAGUAAGUUACACAUAAAAUAUGUCUUAAAUGUUGCAGGUCUCUGUUAGAAUUGUCAGAACUUGUC